AUGUCGCCUCCACCGCACUCUCAGGAUCCUGACAACACCGAACUGAAGGAGGCUGCGGUUGAGCACUGCGAAGAAUUCACGCCUGUCGUAGUAGACGAUAGCUAUGGUCCUGGGUCGGCAGACGAGAAACCUUUCGUAGGCAUGCGUCGCUUGCUAAAACGGAAUCCGUCCAUGGAAUUUCGUCGAGAAGUUGCCCAGAUGAACCAGGAGACCCUCGACCCAGCCGAGGUCAAACAUAUCGAGCAGAAGAUCAACCGUCUCAUCUUACCCGCACUCUCGAUCUGUUAUGCCUUUUACUACAUCGACAAAACGACCCUCAGCUAUGCGGCCAUCUUUGGCAUCAAGAAGAGCCUGGACCUCAAGACAGACGAGUACAACUGGCUUUCUUCUCUCUUCUACUUCGGUUGGGUUGCGUGGGCACUCCCGACCAACCUUCUGAUGCAGAAGUUUCCUUUGGGUAAAUACCUCGCUGUCAAUGCAAAGCAACUUUCAUGUAGAAAUCCUACUCACACGAUAUCCAAUCUGACCAUGUGGACCAGCUGGGGUGUCUUGCUCAUGGCCCAAGCCGCAUCACGCAACUUCGUCGAUAUAGCGGUUCUUCGCGUUCUCUCUGGUGCAGCAGAAGCAACCGCGGAUCCUGCCUUCGUUCUCAUCACCUCAAUGUGGUACACUCGCAGGCAACAACCCACCGUCAUCGGCCUUUGGUAUUCUGCAAAUGGCAUCGGAAUUGCAAUAGGUGGCAUUCUGGGGUACGGAAUUGGGAACAUCAAAGCAGCGUUGCCAUCUUGGAAAUACGAGUUCCUGAUCAUCGGAACUCUGUGUAGCGUGUGGGGCAUCGUUCUGUGGAUCGUAAUCCCCGACUCACCUGCGCAUACGCAUUGGUUCACCCGUCGUGAGAGGCUCGUCGUCAUGAGUCGCAAACGCGAUGACCAAUCUGGGUCGGAGAGAAGGCAAUUUGAUGGACAGCAAGCAUUGGAAGCGUUCAAGGACCCUAAGUUCUAUCUGUUCUUUCUGCUCGGGUUCUUCGCAAAUGUCCCAAACGGCGGAACCUCGAACUUCGGUACAUUGAUCAUCCGAGGAUUUGGGUUCACAACUCUGCAGACAACACUGAUGCAGAUCCCCUAUGGAAGCUUCAUUGCUAUUGUAAUUUUCAUCUCUAUAUACGUGAGCCUCAAACUGCCCAAGAACACGCGCACGAUCCUCAUGUGCGUCGUGACCUUGCCAACAAUCCUUGGCUUUGCCCUCGUCGCGUGGCUACCGACACACAUGAAAGUCGGACGGUUGAUUGGCUAUUAUCUCACGGGUGCCAGCAACGCUGUGUUUGUCUUUGCCCUGUCACUCGUUUCAGGGAACGUCGGCGGCGCCACCAAGAAAUCGCUAUGUAGCGCUUCUAUCUUCCUGGGCGUUGCUGCUGGCAACAUCGUCGGUCCUUUCCUCUUCAAAGAUUCAGAAGCCCCGAGAUACGCAACUGGUAUUAUUGGCUGCAUGGUCAGCCGAAUUCUUGAGAUGGUGGUCAUUCUUACUCUCCGAGUCAUAUUCCUCACGGCCAAUAAGCGGCGUGACCGAGCGUUCGCAGAAGGGAGGCAGGAGUACGACCCUGACCCAAAGAACUCUUACCUGAAUGACGUUUCGGAUUGGAAGAACCCGACAUUUCGGUAUAUCG